AAUAUUUUUUUUUUUACAAGUAGCCUUAUAUUUCUCUCACCGCCUCCAAUUCCUAUAUUUUCCAAACCAUAGUUUUUAUUUUUCUCUUACUGUCACUAAUACACAAAGCGUUACUACUUUCAAGAAAUAUAAACAGUUUUUUUGUUUUACAAAGCUGGCGAUCGAUAAUCAAGACACCACUGUUCGUGAAUUCAAGCCUAAGAAUAGGCGAAUCAUGGGAGCUGGAGGACCUGAUGAGGAAGAUAAUAGAUGGCCACCGUGGUUGAAGCCAUUGUUGAAGGAACGAUUCUUUGUUCAAUGCAAGUUACAUGCUGAUUCUCAUAAGAGCGAAUGUAACAUGUACUGUUUGGAUUGUAUGGAUGGUGCUCUUUGUUCGAUUUGUUUAUCUCAUCACAAGGACCAUCGUGCCAUUCAGAUACGGAGGUCAUCGUACCAUGAUGUGAUAAGGGUGAAUGAAAUACAGAAAUUUCUGGACAUCACUUCAGUUCAGACCUACAUUAUCAACAGUGCAAAAGUUGUUUUCUUGAAUGAGAGACCACAGCCUAGGCCAGGCAAAGGUGUCACUAAUACCUGUGAAGUUUGUGAAAGGAGCCUUCUUGAUUCAUUCAGAUUCUGCUCUCUUGGUUGCAAGAUUGUUGGGACUUCAAAGAACUUUGUUAAGAGGCCAAAACAAUCACCGGAGAAGAAGAGAUCCUCGCCGGCUGCAGCAGCACUCUAUGACUCGGAGGAUUCCUUCAGCAGCAGCAGCCAUGGCCGGCAGAAGAGUCCAAGCAACAAGGUCCACCAAAGUUUCAGUCCGUCAACACCCCCUCCAACUUCUGUUAAUUACAGAACUGCCAAGCGAAGAAAGGGAAUUCCACAUCGAGCCCCAAUGGGAGGACUAGUUAUAGGUUAUUAAGUUUUAGAAAAAUCAAAUCAAAGUCCUUCAUUUGCUCCUAAUUAUACAU